AUGGCGGAGGCGGGAAAAGAGUCGGCAGGCGUGGCGCUCCCCGGGGGAGGCACCGCUCAGUGGCCGCUGCAGCGGUAUGGCCGUUUCAUGCCAUUGGGCACUGGAGAGCCCGCCGCGACUGGUCAGGACGCUGGGACAGCCUCUGCCCCCGCAUGGAAGGUUUUUGACUCCAAUGAAGAAUCUGGGUAUCUUGUUCUCACCAUCGUUAUAUCAGGUCAUUUCUUCAUUUCCCAAGGACAGACACUGCUGGAAGGCUUUUCACUCAUUGGUAACAAGAACUGGUUGAAGAUUGUGAGACGCAUGGAUUGUCUAUUGUUUGGAACAACGAUAAAGAACAAGAGUCGCAUGUUCCGGGUGCAGUUCAGUGGAGUGUCCAGGGAGCAGGCGCUGGAACGCUGCUGCAGCUGUGUGCAGAAGCUGGCCCAGUAUGUGACCGUCCAGGUGCCUGACGGGGCCUGCGUGGAGCUCAGGCCGGGUCCCAGCCCGCUCACGGCAGGCAAAAGCCAACGGCAGGACUGUGCACAGCGCGGCCCACCGCAGCCCGGGGAGCUCCGUGGCCGCCUUCGGGGAGGCGCCUGCGUGGCUGUGCUGGCCACGGAGCCGGCCCUUGCUCGCCGGCUGCCCUUAGUAUUCGAAAGAGCAGCGUCUGCUUACCCUGACCACGUGUCCGGGAGUCAGAACUCUCAGGAAGGGACAGAUCAUGAGCAGACAUGGGCGGCGGCCGGCGGGCGAGGAGAGCGGGUGGGCACGGAGGAGCCCGGCGACCCAGCCUCCAGCCCCUGCCCCCGCCCCGUACCACAGAAUCCAGAGAAGCCGGGGCCGCGUGGACCAGCCAGCAGGAGCGCUUCAGGAGGAAGGGCCCCCGUGAGUUGGUUAGCUCAGUCUCUCCUGGUGUCCGAGGAGCUGCCCCCGGUCUAUGAACAAUCUACGUGGGACGCCGAAGAGUUAGGCCCCUUUCUACGCUUGUGCCUCAUGGAUCAGAAUUUCCCCGCAUUUGUGGAAGAGGUGGAAAAGGAACUCAAAAAGCUCACAGGAUUGAGAAAUUAACACUCCAUGUACAUACAGAACUAAGGAAUUUGAAAGCACUGGAA